AGGCUGAAGUCAUCGGUCAGCUUUCUUACUCGACCAGAUCGACCAAGUCUUGCUUAUCAUAAACUAAAAGGCAGGAAUCCAGGGGUUAUUUUCCUUCCAGGCUUUAAUUCAAAUAUGAAUGGUCAGAAAGCAACUGCCCUUGAAGAUUUCUGCAACUCUCUAGGUCAUGCCUUCAUCAGAUUUGAUUAUACAGGAUGUGGAAGUUCAGAUGGUAAAUUUGAGGAGUGUACAAUUGGGAAGUGGAGAAAAGAUGUUCUGUCUAUACUGGAUGAACUUACAGAUGGACCACAGAUUCUGGUGGGCGCCAGCUUGGGUGGAUGGCUGAUGCUUCAUGCUGCAAUAGCACGCCCAGAUAAAGUAGCUGCUCUAGUUGGAGUAGCUGUAGCAGCAGACCAUCUUGUAACAACUUUUAAGAAGCUUCCAAUUGAGGCACAAAAAGAAAUAGAAGAAAAAGGUGAAUGGAAGUUUCCAACAAAGUAUAAUGAGGAAGGAUAUUACUCCUUGACAUACGACUUCAUCAGAGAAGCAGAAAAUCACUGUGUGCUAAAUAGUCCUAUUCCUGUAACAUGUCCCAUACGACUUAUUCAUGGCAUGAAGGAUGAUGAUGUCCCUUGGCAGAUCUCUAUGCAAGUUGCUGAUCGUGUUCUGAGCAAAGAUGUGGAUGUUAUCCUCCGCAAAACCGGCCAGCAUCGGAUGAGUGAGAAGGAGGAUACAAAACUUCUUGUCAAUACCGUUGAUGAUUUAAUUGACAAGCUGGCAACACUAGCAUAAGCUGCAGAGUAGCCUAAGUGCAUGAACUGUACACCUGACUCUUUUCCAUGAGUAGCAGAAACCCUGUUCUUAACAAGGUGAUGCCAGGCCUGUGACUAUCACAGUAGGAACUGAGCUUUAUCUGCUGUUUCCUGACCUCUGUUUCAUAAAUACAGGUAUUUUAUUAAUGCUGCAUUUGCACAGACAGUCCAAAAUGUGAAGGAGUGCUGCUGUUUUGUUCAGAACCUCUCCUUCACCACUUAAACCUUUUUUCGCAAGCUUCCUACACUUUUGUACUGAAAUGUUAAUUCAUUUUGGUUACUAUUGACCUGUACAGUAAAACUUUAAUUUCCCAUGUCUUUGACACCUUUUCAGUAUUGUCCUUUUGCUAUAACAUUCUUGUAUCUUAUGUCUGAAACCAUCUGUGCAAGGCAAAAUACAACUUAAGCAUUUACUAAAGUUAUUGUUAUUAAAUAGUGAAUACCAUGAAGCACCAUAAACAGAUUUCAGAUAAAUUACUGUUCUUAAAUACUGUUAAAACUGAAAAGUGAAAGGCACACCCUGAUGGUGUGCUUGGGGUACUACAUAAGGAAGAAGUUAACUUCUAAGAACACAGGGCCUCAAAGUGCAGAUAGAGCUCUCUUAUCUCUGCUUAUCAGUAGGGUUUAUGUCCUCUUCUCCAGGCUGCCUUUUUGUCAUAGUUAAUUUGUGGGUCUACUAUUAAGGGAACAAUAUAUAAUGUUGGUGUGAACUGAAGCUGGAUCAAUACAGUGACUGUUUUAUAGUAACUUCUUUAAAGUGGGGACUACAGCGCCAUAGGGCAUCACUGCCUCUUUUCUGUGACUUCAGAACUGUAGAUUACUAGGAACAGUGUCUUCCAGAGUUAGGAAUUUGAGGUGCAUGAGUGCAAGCCUGAAAACUUGUAAAUGAAACUUGAUAGUUGGAUAAUUCUUGUAACGUAAAUCCAUAGAAUUUAAUAGUAAAUGGAUUUAAUUGCAAAUGUGACUGUUACCUGUUUUUUGUUCAAAAAUAUGGUGCCAUUCAUACACUUGAAAGAGAGAGAGGAGAACUCAGGUGAGAGGCUGGAAUUAGUUCAGGCUGGCCUUAAUAUGAAACAUCAGUCAAAAGUAUAUAGUUGUUUCUGGCUUUAUUAUUUUAAGUAGUAAAUGGCAUCACUGUUGCUACCUUAAAAGACUGAAGCUCCUGGGGGUCAGGUAUUUCUAGAGAGUUUGUCAUUUUCACUGUUAGCAUUGUCAGCAGAAGUACGUUGUACAGAGCUUAGGUGAGGUAGUGGUUUUUAAUUAAAAAAACCCCACAAACAACAACAAAAAAAACCCAACAACAAAACAAAAAAACCCUAAAUUUCAGAUGAGUUCCUGUGAAGAACAGUUUGAUUUCGAGUUCAAUACUGCAAAAAACAAGAAGCUGUGAUGUAAAAAAUUUGAAUUCUGGUAAAAGAUGUCUCCAGUUUAGAUGCAAAUGUUCCAAUUCGAGCGUACCAAUUCCCUAACUCAAUCUAGCGCAGGAUACUUGUUUGAGGAAUUGCAACAUUCCAUGAAGUCUUGUUUCCAAGUAUUUCUGUUUCUGGAGUAGACUUUUCUUCUGUCUGUAUGACUAUGCAAUUCACUACUUAAGCUUUAAAACCUCUUGACUAUGUAUUUUACUUUUGAGAAAAAUUAGGUCAGAUAAUUUAUGCAAAUUGCUCAGACACUUCCAUUCCUGAAGGUUGAGCUGUGUUCAUGUUUAUGUAUUGUUAAACAGUAGUCAUCUUCACAUGUGACUUGCAUCUGAUAAAACCAGAAAAAUAGGGUUUGUGAGUUUUAAAGAUGCAGUCAAAUCAAAAUUAAGUUACUUCAAAACUUUCUGCUCUUUGCUUACCUAUGACAAUUUUUUAAUCCACUUUUGUCACAUCUCUUAGAUUGCUUUGUCUCUUAACGGAAGAAAAAGUUGAAAAAAGGGGACUGCAGUAAUUCCGAACUAAUUAAUUUUAAUUAAGGCCCAAAGUUACCAGUUGUUAUAGAUGUAAUUUUUGUUCACACAUAUUAAAGUUAUUUCAGUAACUGAAAAGUUUUGAGCUAUUUUUUUGAACUGGGAGUUAUACCUACAAACAUUCAAUUUAACUGUAAUACUUCAGACAGGGAAAAGUCUUUGUAUGUCUGCAAUAAACAGUAGCUGUGUAUCUCUC